AAUCGAAGUAAUUGGCAACAGACUUAUAACUUAAAUAAGAUCAGUAAAUGUGGAUGGGUAACAGUGGUAUGACGCUAUCAAUCUGUUUUCUGGCCUUAAGACUCCUUGAGGUGAAACUAGUCCAGUAAUUUCAAAGGUUUGUAUGAAAACAUCAUUACCUGCCAUUUUGAAGAAGCAAAUCAUUCCACAAGAUCAAAACGCAAAGAGAUUGCCUCCAUCGAAACGACAUGAGGGUCAAUGACACAUUCAACUGCUGGGGUUUAAAGCACCCCCUUACCAAAACACUGGCAACAAACGUCAUAAUUUUCUUAACAAUUGACUGUGUUAUUGCUUUUGCAACUGUUGUCGGAAAUUCCAUCUCCAUUUUCAUCCUGCUAAGGGCUAAAUACCUGCGAACACCGUCAUACAUUCUGUUAGGUGCCUUGUCGGUCAGUGAUGUACUUAUGGGGAUAGCUGCACAGCCAAUGUACAUUAUGUUCUGCUUCUUAUUGAAGUUCAAGAGAACGAUCGACGUUGCUUUGCUAAGAAAGACCAACACCUUACUUAACCUCUGUGUUGGCUUGAAACUAACCUACAUUGCACUAAUAAGUCUUGACAGGUAUCAUUCGAUUUCCAAUGUCUCCAUAUACUAUAAAACUGCUUCGUGUAAGCGGUACCUGAUUGUUGCCCUGGUCUGUGGAGGAGCUUGGAUUCAAGCAUCAACCAUUGGACAUUUCUAUGCAGAGGAUUUCGAGUAUGUAAAAAUGCUGUAUUUUCUUAUCGUGUUCAUAAUAAUUACCUACAGCUUUGCACGUGUGUUUGUAGAAAUCGUGAGCUAUGAACUGAAGCUUUUAGAGGUGAGAGGGAGGGCUAGAAGAAGCACAACCCCGAACAGACAAGAAGUGGCAAGAUACAAAAGAGAAAAGAGGAAAACAUAUACAGCAGUGAUGCUUGUCAGCGUAUUCUCAUUGUGCUCCAUGCCAUAUAUUAGUAAUUCGAUUCAUGAUAUUAUCAGAGAGCAGUACUGCUGGGAUGAUCAGGAUACCUUCAUCAGGUCAAUUUGGUGCAACUUUUUCAUGAUGCUGAAUAGCUUCCUCUGUCCAUUUAUAUACAAAACAAACAAGGACAUAAAUGCUGCCUACACCCAGAUGACCAUGCCAAGUUCAACAAGAGAAGGAUAAGACAAAUGUUUAAAAGCACCCUUUCAAUUGAUGAGCGAUUCACACAGAUGGAUUCAGGAUUCAGACAUGUCUUAUUUAUUAUCUCAAAUCCAUGAUUAACAUACUCAACAUGCCAAGCACAAACUUGCUUUUGAUCACAAAUGUUUACUUCGCUUAUUAUUACCACGAAUGUCGUGUUUAUGAUAUAGUAUAUUAUAAGUUACAGUUAAUAUACAUUAGAUGUACUUUACAAAAUAUAACACCUCUUUUAAAAAGGCAGCAAAGGUGGUGCAAGAAGGUGUAUACUAACCUACGUCAUUAAUCACCUUUUAGGUUUAAAUUUCAUAUAUGGUUUUAGGUCAAGCAAGGAUGCAAUGCAACAUUUAGAUAAUAGUAGCUACUCUAUCUUCUUGUUUUCACAUUUUGGCUUUGGUGGGAGGUGAUGUUGUUUAUGAAAGUUAGAUUAGAAUCUCGUGGUUUGAGAAUUUAGGCCGUGUGUUAAAGUGUUAAUUUUUAACGUGCAGUGAUGAACCGGAAUAUUGGGUAGUGACAUAACUAAAAUGUAGAGACUUUAUGUUGAAUAGUUGUAUAGCUUGCAACACCUAUCAGUAGAUAUAAAAAAUUGUAAUAGAGCAUUGUAAUGUAGAAAACAAAAACAUUAAGCUAAUCAACAUGAAAUUAUCGAAUUUAAUGUUAUCAUUUCUAUUAUAUUUGUUCAGUAAGUAGAUGUUACAGUUGACAAGUUUGCUUUGUUCUCCAUUCUAUUCUCCUAUGAGACCUCAAU